AUGCUUCAAUCUCGUGGUGUUUCGGAUUUGCUCGCUGCCGAAAAGAAAGCACAGGAAAUCAUCGAAGAAGCUCGCAAACGUAAAAACAAACGUAUCAAAGAUGCCCAAAACGAAGCAAAACAUGAAAUCGAACAAUUUAAAGGCGAACGCGAACGACGAUACAAAGGAUUAGAGCAACAACAAAUGGGCAAUCGAACUCAAAUGACCGAAGAAUCGAAUAAAGAAACUCAAACGCAAAUAGCUGCAUUAAAAUCUCAAUACGAUACAAACAAACAAGAUCUCCUCCAACGUAUAAUCACACUUGUGUGUGAUAUAAAACCGGAGACACACAUCAAUGCCCGUCUGGAAUAA